CACACAAUGAAUUGUCUUGCGUCGUGAUAUGUCUUCAGGGAUCUGCACUUCUCUGUCAACCACCCGCGUAAGUUCAAAACAGCUUGUUGAGUAGAAUUUCGUAGAAAUGGCGUCGAGAGAAAAGGCAUCAAAACACCGACAGAAACUCAUAAACACCACGUUUGAGUCCAGUGUAGACUCCACCGCCGUCGAAGAAAAGUUGUUUGGCCACGCAGAGGAGGACGAGGAGGAGGACGGUGACGACGGACCUGUGGUCUUCAUCUGCGGGAAGUGCAAGCUGCCUGCCGGGGACUCACUGUCCUGGGAUGGAAGUGAAGAUGGACAAAACCAAAUAAGACUGAAACGGGUCACUGACAACGUCGUGGUUGGAGAGGACACUCGCCUACAUGAAGCCAGCAAACGAUCCCCCUGUCUGAUUGUGGAUCUGUUCUGUCGAGGCUGCCACUCUGUGCUCGGCAUGGUUUAUACAUCCACUCCUAAGAACCUGGACCACAAGAGAUUUGCAUUCUGCUUCAAUGUAGCAGACAUCGACAGCUAUGUGCUUGGCUCUGCAAGCCAGAUGUUGGCAGCAGAGGGCCCCAAAGAGCAGCCCGUCACACUGGAGUAUAGAGGCAUUGUUGAACAACAGCUGACAGAGACACUUGUUUGGGUUUUUCAUCUUAUACACUCACUGACCUGUCUCUCCCCCACCCCUCCCACUCUCUCCCCUCCCCUUCUUACCCAUCCAUCCCUGACCACUUCCCCCUCUGGGUUUCGUCAUUCUCCGUCGCUGUCCCCCUUUUCCAAUUAUCUUUACUCCACCCCUCUUUCUUCCUCACUGCUUCCUGCUGCUCCCUUCAUUUCCCACCUGUCCAUUUUCUCCUUCAUUUCUUCCCCGGCCUUACUUUUUUCGUAUCCGCCCCGUCUAUCUUUUACUAAUUUUUCUGGCGUUUUGCCCUUCACAUCCCAAACCCUGCACCUCUCAUAA